GGAAUCGCGCCGUGGAGGGGCUCGAUGGCGUCUCAAUGAUCCUUUUUUUUCUUCUUCUGCUACAUCUGACGAGGUUGUUCGCUCAUUCUAGUUGCUGUCAGGACGUGGGAGUAGUCCUGUACUAAAACCCGGCACAGAUCUGGCAUUUAUAUCGUAUCAAUGGACCAGUCAAUUUACUCCAGUUACCCUCCCCCUCUGGACCCCGCGCAGGAACAGUUCCUGGUGACGACGGUGAAGGACUGGACGAUUCACAAUGGCCUCACUGUCAGGCCUUCACCUGCUUCUCUACCGGCAGGUGCAGAUGAGAAAGGCGUCUUGGCAACCAAUGCACCGGUGACAUUGUUCCCCAGUCUUUUCCCCAAGUCAUGUUUCGAAGAAGCGACAGCCCUUCAGAAAGCCUACAACGAACUGUAUGCGAACAUCACCUGCGAUACAGCAUGGCUCGAGAAGGUUAUGGAAGAACUUAUCGACGUAGAUGACUUCAUCUCGAGCCUGUGGAAAGUCCACCUUGCUGUACAGAAGGAGGGUUAUGUCCAGCCUCUUUCUCUGGGGCUUUACCGGUCGGACUACAUGGUACAUGUCCCUCCUAACGCGACAGCACCUUCGAUAAAACAAGUGGAGUUCAACACCAUCUCCUCCUCGUUCGGUGGUCUGUCAUCCCUUGUGACAGCCAUGCAUACAGAACUCCUUUCGUUUCCACCAGGUCAGCCAAUAAGCUAUCCUCAGCAUCCUUUGCUGGAUGGACGAUUGCCUCCGGAGAAUACGGCGGUACCCACGCUCGCCGCCGGCCUAGCCGCAGCACAUGAAGCCUACGGGCCAUCCAAGUCCACACCAUCACUUCCAUUGUGUGUGCUCUUCGUCGUUCAGGAUGGCGAACGAAAUCUCUUCGAUCAACUGGCCCUCUCGUCACAGCUCACAAGAUUCCAUAAGAUUCCUGUUUUCCGUCUAGUGACUUCGGAAAUAUUAAACCAGACGUCCAUACCAAGCUCAAAUCCGUCCAGGCCCCUUCUUUACACACCCCCGUUCUCUCCGUCUACACCCUUCGAAGUUACAACGGUUUACCUCCGCAGCUUCUAUACCCCAUCCGACUAUAAAUCAGAACGUGACUGGGAUGCCAGACUUCAGUUGGAGCGAUCCGCAGCGAUCAAGUGCCCUACCGUCCUCAACCAGUUGGCAGGCUGUAAGAAGAUCCAACAGGUCCUUGCUGAACCCUCAGGGCCAGACAAUCUCUCCCGCUUUCUUCCACGCACAGAGCCUAGCAUGAUCUCAAAUCUGCGGGGAACCUUCGCUCCCCAGUACGAUCUUUCUGCCAAUGGCCGCGGAAGGGAACUGGCACUGAACCCGGAGACGGCUGUGAAACACGUUCUCAAACCACAACGAGAGGGUGGCGGCAAUAACAUAUACAAGGCUGAUAUUCCUGAAUUUCUCCGUUCCAUCCCGGAGACUGAUUGGAAGCGGUGGGUUCUGAUGGAAAUGAUUCAGCCUCCUCCCACAGCGAAGAACGUAGUUCUCCGAAGUGACGGCCAAGUCCUAAGCGGACACGUCAUCGGAGAGCUAGGCGUCUUUGGAACUAUAUUGUGGAAGGAUAAUGGAGACAUCAUCCACAAUGAACAGGGAGGGUGGCUAAUGAGGACAAAGGGCAAAGAAAGCAACGAGGGCGGCGUUGCUGCUGGGUUUUCCUCACUUGACAGCGUGAUACUUAUCUAGGAUGGAAGGCAUGUUAUCAAAGGGCCGAGAUUGUAUGCAUGUAGUGGUGCUACGUCAUCCAUAGACGUUAAACUUAUACAACCGUGACACGUAGAGAUUCUAUUCAUUCUAAUCGACAGAGAGAAAAUAGCCAAUUUGAACCAUAAUACAUCAUAAGGUCCACAUGAAAGUAAACACGAAGGGAACCUGAGAGGGGAUAGAAGGAUAUUCACAAUCAAUCUGAAAGACUUUGGGCCAGAUUAGACCCUUCGUCCAUAUUAGAGACCGUGUUAUUUACCUCAAUUGAGAAAACCGAUCAAAUAUGAAAAUGUCGGACUCAAGUGUGGAUGGUGAAAGGGAUGAAAUGGAAAUGGCAUAGAGAAAAGUAAAUACCAAUCAUG